AUGGCAGAUAGAGGUGAGAUUGAACGUGUAUUCAAACGCUUCGACGUGAACGGCGAUGGCAAGAUCUCUUUGUCUGAGUUUACUGAUGCUCUCAAAGUGUUAGGGUUAACCUCACAGGAUGAAGUUCAGCGUAGAAUGUCAGAGAUUGAUAAAGAUGGUGAUGGCUCUAUUACACUUGAAGAGUUAGCUGACUUUCAAAGUGCUCAUCCUAACUUGAUGCUUGAUAUCAUGAAGAAACUCUAA